AUGUGGUGGAAUGUCUUAAUAAUUGUCCUUAUUGUACUUAUAGUAGGAAUAAGAGUCAGAAUUUAUUUUAGAGGAAAAAAGUGUGAAACUUUAAGGGAUAUAUCAAAUUUGACUAUAUUAAUUACUGGAGGUAGUAAAGGAUUAGGAUAAGAGACAAUAAAACAAUUAGCAAAAUUUAAUUGUAGAAUAAUAUUUGGUAGUAGAAGCAGACCAACUGAAUUCUUAUAAUAAUUACUGGAAACCUAUCCUCAAACCAAAAUCUAAUACUUUCCAUUAGAUCUAUAGUGUUGGAAUUCAAUCAAAUAAUUUACCACAAGAGUUAAACAAGAAGUAGAUAAGAUUGAUAUCAUUAUUAAUAAUGCUGGUAUAAUGGGAACAUUGACUAGAUAAUUUACUCAAUAUGGUAUUGAAGCUCAUUUUGGAACCAAUUAUUUGGGUCCCUUCUUCUUAAAUCAUUUAUUAGUAAGAAAUAUUAUAUGAUUAAUUUAGCUUGAUAUAUUGAAAAAGUCAAAUUGUCCAAGAAUAAUUAAUGUUUCUUCUAUAGCUCAUUUAUUUUAAGACCUUGAUUUUAAUGAUCUAAAUUGUGAUAAGUGGGCAAAGAGUCUAUUUUGGAGUAGAAUAUUCACAUAUAGAGCUUAUGGAAACACUAAAUUUGCUCAAAUACUGAAUGCUUAAGAAUUUUCUAAGAGAACUGGUAUUAUGGCAUGUUCUUUGCAUCCAGGUGUAGUUAGAACUGAAGUGUUACAAUAUUAAUUAUCAGCAUGGUGGUUCAAUUUGAUUAUGUCAAUUGCUUGGCCUAUUUAUAGUUUUUUCACAAAAGACAUUUAUUAUGGAUGUCAAACUAUUUUAUAUUGCAUUAUGAUAAAAGAUGAAGAGUUAGUUGAUGGAGGAUUCUACAAAGAUUGCAAAUUGGCAAAGGCUAAAUUUACAAGUAAAGAGAAGGCAAAAUAGUUAUGGGAUAUGAGUUUGUAAUUGAUAUCUAAGAUAGAUAAUUCAUAUUGA